AUGAAUAUGAAUUAUGGAUAUGGAUACAAUCCAGCAGCAGCUGCGGCCGCCUUCUACCCCCAGGCAGUGAUGCCACAACAGCAACACCAUCAACUUCAGCAGACGCAAUUGCAACAGCAGAGAUUCGUUCCACAACAGGGCCAGCAGCCGCAAUAUGGACAGCAAAACAGUUAUAAUAAUUUCAAGCCAGCUGGUGUUGCUGUGUCCUCGACUGCUGGCAGCUACAGUGCAGUGGGUAAUAAUUACAACACACCCCAAAGCAACUUCCAAUCUGGCGGAGGGGGAGCGGGAGGGGGGUACAAUCAACAGAAGCAGCAUAAUCAGCAGUCAUCCUUCCCUAAGGCGUCCUAUGGCAACUUCGUUCCUGCAGGCUCAAAGCCUGCAGGUGGCAAUUCUGGAAACUACUAUAAUAAGCAAUCAUCUGGUGGCUACGGCAACAACAGUAGUGCGAACAAUAACUCCUCCCACAAUGAGAAGUUUGAGAAGGCAGUCAUCAAUGCGGCCAUCAGUGUGGCCCAGCAGAAGGAAGGAGGAGGAGGGGUAGGAGGAGGAGGAGGCGGCUACGGCAGAGGAGGUGGUGGUAGGGGAGGCUACGGCGGCGGGGGACCGGGAGGAGGUGGGGGUGGUCAUUAUGGUGGAGGUGGAGGAAGGGGUGGGGGUGGUAGGAACUGGCCCAAGAAGCCUAGUGGGGGUGAUAACCAGAUGUACUACUGUGAGGUGUGCAAAAUCAGCUGCGGGGGAGCACAGACAUACAAUACGCAUAUGGAUGGCAAACAACACAAGAAGAAAGAAGCUCAGAGCAAAGCGGGAGGAAGUCUUGUGAUGUCUUCAUUGAAGCCUGGACAGACUGCAUUCCACUGUGAGUUGUGUGACAUCACGUGCACCUCACAGGACGCAUUCAACUCCCACACUGCAGGCGCCAAACACCAGAAGGUGGCCAAACUACAUGAGAAGUUGGGCAAGCCAGUGCCCCAAGUGACGUCUGCGAGACAAGCCCAGGUGAAAAUAGUGUCGACCUCUGUCGUCACUGGAAAGGCCAGCUCAGUGGUGCCCUUCAAGUCGGCCGGAUACCUCGGGGGAGCCAGCGCCUCCUCGGACCCCGCAAUUGCCAGUGGUUCCGCCUCUAUAUCCGGAACCACUGGAUUCAAACCGGGUCCGGGUGUAGGUAGUUCCUCCACGGUAGCCGUGCCCGUGACUUCGGCCCUGGUAUCUGCUGGACCUGGAGGCAAUCCUCUGGACGGGGACGACGACCAAGGGAACGAAGUGAUUGGGGCGGAGUACGUGGAAGUGGUGCAGUUGGAGGAUGGCAAGAUUGUGCAGUACAACUGCAAACUGUGUGAGUGCAAGUUCAACGACGCCAACGCCAAAGACCUCCACCUCAAGGGCAGAAGACACAGACUCUCCUACAAGAAGAAGGUGAAUCCGCAGCUGGUGGUGGACAACAAGGCCCAGCAGAACAGACAGCGGAAGAUAGAAGAAAGGAACAAGAUGAGAUCAGGGGGCAUGGGAAUAGGGGGCAGGGGUCCACUGGGGCCGGGCGGGAUGGGCAUGGGAGGGGGACACUCGGACGGGGUGUGGGCCAUGAAGGAGGAGAUGAAGAAGAUGGAAGAUGAGCUGUAUGCCAGAUUCGGAGGAGGCGGAGGAGGGCAGGGCGGCAAAAAGGCGGAGAGUUUUGACGACAGACAUGUGCUGGCUAAGCACCAGACCAUCUACCCGGACGAAGACACUCUCAAUGCAGUACAGGACAUAGUGGUCAAGACUGAGAAGGCUCUCAAGAUAGUGUCUGACAAGAUCUUCGAGGAAGACAAAGCGAAGGCGGAGGAGGAGGCGAAUACUUUUUCCUCUUCUGGAAUCAAACAGGAGGCUACUGCUUCUGCGGUUGACACUGUGCUGGGAGUGAAGAUGGAGACAACAGCUGCAGAUGAAGACGUGGAGAAGAAUCAGGAAAAAGAGAGUUCAAAGGAGAAAGGCAAAGGGGGGAGUGGGGAUGACGAUGUGUCCAAGUACAGGGAGCUGAAGGGGGUCAUGCGAAUCGGAACUCUCGCUAAAGGUCUGAUGUUGAAAGGGGACAGUAAAGUGUCUCUGGCUGUUCUGUGUCAGCACUGGCCCACCACCAUCCUCCUCUCCCGAAUGUUCAAAUUCCUCCCCCAUAUUCUCAGAGAAGUGGAUAACAGCAGCAGCACCAGCGACACUUCAAACACAGGUGGUUCUGACACCGACAUUGGACACCAGGCCCAGAAGGAGGACAAGUUUGACAUCUCCCUCAACUUGGCCACUGGCAUCAUAGUCAUCCAGUCCAAGAACCACCAGCCCACAAUCACACUCACCAUAUACCUCACAUCACCUGUGUGCAGAAUUGAGAACUCUACUGGAGAUGAUGGGAUAGACUCGGCAAUGAUAACCCCCGAAGCAGAAGCUAAGCAACCACCCGCAGCCAACUCACAGGAGGCGCUGCUGGAGAGGAGUAAGAUAUCGAGGGAGUUGUGUCUGUCUGUGCUGGCCGAACUGAGACACCAGAAGUGGUUCGAGGCCAGAGCCAGUGGACUGGCCUCCUGCGUCAUCAUCGUCCGAGUGGUGUACGACCUCAUAAACAGAGUGUCUUCGUGGAACCCCCUGUCGAAGUGGGCGGCUGAACUGUUGGUGGAGAAGGCACUCAGCUGUUCUGCCCAGUCAUUCAUGAGUCCCGGGGAUGCACUCAGACGAGUCAUAGAGACCAUGGCCUCAGGUGUGCUGUUGCCAGACGGGUGUGGUUUGUUGGAUCCAUGUGAGAGGGACAAGACAGACGCGGCUGCCUCGCUCAACAGACAGCAGAGGGAGGACAUAACAGCCAGUGCACAACACGCACUUCGCCUAAUCACAUUCAAAAACAUACACAAAGUGCUAGGCAUCCAGCCUCUCCCGGGAAAUGAGAGGAAGAGACCAGCUCCUGUGGCAUCGGCUGGAUCCAAGACUCCUGUAGGAGCAAAGGUCACCAAGCUGUAAGGAGGAGUUCGUAACUCCAACAAAGCCAGAGUCUCUUUUAGACGAAGACAUUGUGAUAGCUGAUAAUAUGUGUCCAACACGACAUCAAUUUUUGACAUGAUUAGUGACGACAGAAGAGACCACGAAUUUUUUUUCCACGUGGUUUUUUGAAGAUAUCCAAACUAGAUGUGAGAAUCCACCCUGUGCUAAUGUUUAGAUGUCGUUUAUUUCCAAAACUAUAAUUGCAAAUGGAAAUUUUAUUUAUGCUCUCAUGUUGUUAAUUCUACUACGUUAAAUGAUGUUAUUGUUUGUUUGAGGUCUUUUUCCUGCAAUAAUCUUUGUUAGUUCUCUUAAAUAUGUUUUGAUAUUCAUUU